GAUAGUUAUCUGAAUCCAACGCUGGUGCGCACUUAUUAGAAUGAUCCCGUACAAAAAAUAACGCUUAUGAAUUGAAGACUGCGUGCAGAAUAGGCUCAUCGAAAAUUGAGAGGGAACGCACUUUAGCUUUGGUGAUAUAUAGAAGCAUCCCGACGGUAGGCGUCCAGUUUUCCUCUCAAUUUCUGGAGUGACAUGAUAUCCUUACAAAGUGUGUCUCAGUGUAACAUUAACAUUACGCGCUGUUGAAAAAUACUGAAUCGAAAAAGGCAUUACACUAACAAGAAGUUAUGAGCGACUACGACUACAUUAUCGGAAAUGGUAGCAACAACACUUAUGACGAUUCAACUUACAACCUUAAUUUUAACUGGAAUGAACUCCUGCCUACGCUAAUUGUCUACAGCGUCACCUUUAUUUUGGGUCUAACUGGAAAUAUCCUUAUUAUUUUCACCACUUUCAAAUACAGGCGUAUGAAAAGCGUCACCAACGUCUUUCUGUCAAGUUUGGCAUGCUCAGAUUUGAUACUGAUCAUUGUAUGUAUACCAGUAAAGGUAGCUAAACUAUUUUCAUAUACGUGGGAAAUGGGAGAAGUAGUGUGUAAAACCAUCCAUUAUAUGCAGUACGUGUCAGCUAUAUGUUCGGUGUUAACUCUGACAGCAAUAAGUAUAGAAAGAUAUUAUGCAAUCGUACAUCCGAUGAAAGCAAAAUACAUUUGCACGAUAAGCCAAGCUAAGAGGAUUAUUUUAGUGAUAUGGAUAUUGGCAGUAAUAUUGGGUGCACCAACAAUAAAAGCCCAGUUGCAUUUGCCAGUGGGCCAAUUGAACGAAUCAAAUUACUGUGUAAGGGGAUGGGAUGAUAACACAGCAAUUCAUAAAUUUCACGAACUAUACAUGUUUAUUUUAAUAUUUGUCGGACCAUUUUGCAUUAUGGCUAUGUCCUACGGACUGAUUUGCUGGGAAAUUUGGAAAGUGAUGGAAAGAAGGUCUGCUAUGACCAGCGAACAAGUAUUGUCCCGAAACCAUAAUAAAUUUCAGCCUCAAAACGAAAAACGAAUAAGAACCUACUCCUUGAAUGAUAGUAAAAAGUACAAGUCGAGAAAUGGUUACAGAGAUGACACAAAUGUGGUGAAGCAAGUUAUCUGCAUGUUAGUGACCGUUGUAGUUCUAUUUGCUGUAUGCUGGACACCGAUGUUGGUAGAUAAUGUACUUACUGCAUACGGAAUACUACCCUAUAUGAAAUUUGGAACUCUGAAGUACAUGUCUAAUGCUUUUUCACUUAUGGCCUAUUUUAACAGUUGCAUUAACCCCAUCAUCUACGGAUUUAUGUCAAAGAGCUUCAGAGAGAGUUUCGUACAGGCCAUAUGUUUAAAGGCUGAUAGGCGAGGACAAGAUCGUACAAGUACCUACAGUCUGCGCUAUGUUUCAACGAGAGGAUCUUCAACACGAAGUAAUGUGACUAGAAGUACUUCGGUCAAAUGAGAAAAACUUUUUAGUACCGCUGUGUAAAUAUAUCCUACAUAUCUGCGGAAAGUAAUACCAUAUGAGCAUUUUAAAUAUUUAUAUAUCUUGAUGGUCCCCUAUUAAUUCCUGAUGAUGUUGACUGUGAUAAAUGUAAUUUAUUUCAAGGGUUACUUAAUGUGUUCCAAAAUAGCGGACAAAUUAUUUAAAAUAGCCCUAUUGUGAGAGGCAACUUUAUGUAUAGGUUAAAUUUGUGUCAAAGUAAGUGCGUAGAUAUAACUUUAUGUCAAUAAUAAUGACUGAUACCAUACAGUAUGGCUACACGAAAACGAAACAAGCUUAAAAACCUUGUUUGAGUGACAAUCUAAUAUUUUUUAUUCGAAUAUAUCAUAAAACGUCGUUUUUCGUACAGAAAAGAUAAUAUAAAAGGAGGACUUUUAAAUGUACUACAAAAUGUAACUGCUGAAAAAUACCCCAUCAACGGCCCAGGCCGCAAAAGUAAAGCAGCUUCGCUAUCUAAACAUUCUAUUUUAUUUUCAGUUUACCUUUUAAUAUUGCUGGCGAUAAUUUUUUUCUACUAUCAAAUUUAAAUAUAUAGAAACCUUUUUAAUCGAAUAAGAGGAAACUAAAUAAACUAUAAUUAAAUCGAUUAUCCCUUUAAGAAUUUUCAAACCCAACUUUUUAUAGAUUAAAAUGUAUCAUUAUCAAAAAUAAAGUCUUAAAUAUUACCACUACCUCCCCCCAGACUUAAACUCUGGAUGCGCCACUGAAUCGAUUUGACAUAAGCACACUGACCACUGACAUGACAGUAACUAUUAGGCAUUCCAAACUGAAUAUAUUCUUAUCAAUCACAGCCAUCUCAGUUAUAAGAAAAAUUGAUAAACAAAUACGUAUUUAAUUUUCUAUAUUUUUUUUAAUAUCUAUAAGCACAUUCGAAUAAAAAAUAAUGUAUGAAACACAUACGAAAGGUGUAUUUUCGGACUCUUAUAAGUUACCCGAAAAACUCAACUUUUCGUCCUUAUAACAUGAACUACUAUUUUUGAAUUAAAACUAGGAUGUGUCAAAGAACCAUUCUAAGAUAUUUUUAUUUCAUUAUUUUCCAUUGAUAAUGUCUGUUCGGAGUUUUUUUUUAUAUUAGUGUCAUCUGUAUAGGUACUGAUAACAUUAACAUACAUUCAAUAUGUAGCAAAGGGGCUAAAACUGUGUAAUUCUAAAAAGCUAACUCUUUGCUUUGAUUACAGCCAUUUGCUGGAACAUACUCAUAUAACUAUUAGGCAUUCCAAACAAAAGAACUGUCAGUGGGAAGGUUUGGUAUGUUGAUUACGUCCCAGGAUGUAUUUUAUUUACAAUACGUGAAAUCAUGAAUUAAAUUUAAGUAUUGUAUGUCGAAUACAAUGAAAAUAUUUAAAACAACCGCUUAUACAUUUUUCAUAAAAUGGCAGGCUUGGCGACUACUAUUUCCAAUAAAAAUAGCGUCUAAGAUUAAAGGCUAUGUCGCAACCCUCUUAGAUAUACGAGCCCUUCCGACUGGCAGCCAAUUUGGUUGUAUAACUACAAAAUCACAGUAUAAAAUAGCUUCUUUCUUUCUUUUUAUUAGGCCAUAUUGUAUUUAUUAUCAAGGUGUGUCUAUUAUAUCAAAUUAUAUCAAAAGAAAGACAAAUUUACCCAGUCCAGUUACCAUCUUGCCUAGCACCGUUAUUUUAUUAUUUAGCAUCUGAUAUUGGCAACUGGUCUAGGGUCUGUUAAAUAUCUGUAUCUCCAGUGACUCGAGAUUAUCAUAUGUAUUACGAAAUUGGUGAUAGACAUGUGUUAUACGUUAUUAUACCUACUUACUUCCUUUCUUCCUCUAUCUAGCUACACACUGUCUGUGAAUAGGUUUCCCCAAAUAGUGAAACAGAUAAAAGCCAUAAAAUAAUGAUUUUCUGUUAGAACAACGAUCUGGUGCAUCUUUCUUAUUAUCACAUAAUACUAUUUACUUUGUUGUCUUAAAAUUAAUCUAUAAACCUUCCAGCAACUUCUUCAAAUCUUUUUAUUGCAUUUACGAAGCCCAUUUUAUCUCCUUCUAUUGUAAGAAUUUUGGCUGAUGAAUUCUUAAAUAGCAUGCAAGAAUUAGACCUGGAUUUUUUCAGAAUGACAUAAAAGUAGCCUUCUGUUUUAUUGACUUUUAAGCCAAAAAUAAAUAUAUGUACUUAACAAUAUUUAGAAACAAAUCAAUUAAAGCAAAUCAUACAGUAAAAGAUUAUACCG